CAUGUCCUUAAAAUAUGGAAAACCAAAGUUAUGUGACUGAGUUCAUUCUACUGGGACUUUCACAAAAUCAAAAUAUUCAGAAAAUGGCAUUUAUUAUAUUCUUAAUUUUGUACCUGGCAACUGUUGGAGGAAAUUUUUUUAUUGUCGUGACCAUCAUCUGUAGUCCUUCCCUUCUGGAUUCUCCUAUGUACUUCUUCCUGGCUUUUUUGUCCUUUCUAGAUGCCUGUUUCUCCUCUGUCAUUGCUCCAAAAGUUAUAAUCGAUUCUCUCUAUGAAAAGAAAACCAUAUCCUUCCAAAACUGUAUGGGCCAGAUUUUUGCAGAGCAUUUCCUGGCAGGAGUUGAGGUGAUUGUCCUCACAUCCAUGGCCUUUGACAGGUAUGUGGCUAUCUGUAAGCCUCUGCACUACACGACAAUCAUGAGUCGACAACUGUGCUUAUUGCUAGUAGGAGUAGCUUGGGCUGGAGGAUUCUUGCAUUCCAUGAUUCAGAUCUUCUUCAUGCUCCCAUUACCCUUUUGUGGUCCCAAUAUAAUUGAUCAUUUUAUGUGUGACUUGUACCCUUUGCUGAAACUUGCCUGUACUGACACUCAUGUUCUUGGUGUGAUGGUUGUGGCCAAUAGUGGCUUUAUCUGUAUCAUCAACUUUUCCCUUUUGCUUAUCUCAUAUGGGGUUAUAUUGCACUCUUUAAGGACCUAUAGCACCGCAGCACGACGCAAAGCCCUCUCUACCUGUGGCUCCCACAUCACAGUUGUAGUCUUAUUUUUUGUACCAUGUAUAUUUGUAUAUACUCGCCCUCCCACUACUUUCUCUUUUGAUAAAAUGGUGGCAAUAUUUUAUAGCUUUCUAACUCCCUUAUUGAAUCCACUUAUCUACACAUUUAGAAAUACAGAAAUGAAAAAUGCCAUGAAGAAACUGUGGAGCAAAACAAUGAUUUCUGAUGAAAAAUAAAUAUUUCAUGGAGUCUUCUAAAAAUAAGUUAAAUACCUCAUUUUCACUUGACUAUACUGCACACUGCACACACUCAACAUUUAAAAAGUUAAUAUAAGUAUCAUAGAGCUUACUGAGGAAAAUUCUUUUAAGCCUAUUUUUUCUCUUAAUUUACAUUGAAAAAAAAACAAUCUGUAGUAUAGCCAGCUGAUGGCAAAGUCACAUUGGUUUAAUACAUGGAAUACUGACAGAGAUACACCCUUAAGUUUAAGCCACCAAGAGAAAUUUGAGUCACACUUCAGAGAUGUCAGUUAAAGAAUAAACAAACAAAUACUACAGGGGUAGAAGAGAAUAAACUUCGCAGACCAAGGGAAGUCAUUGAGACAAAAAAAAGGUUAUUUUUCAUUUAUAAUAAAAUAAAUAAAUACAAUA